AUGUCUUCAAGUUCUUCUUCCACAACAACCGACGGCUCUUCAUCAAUUGUUGUUCCGACGAAUUUUUCUGGUCAUGUUGAAAAUUUGGAUGUUCGUUAUUCGAUGAUAAUGAAGGCUGUAGCUAAAAUUGCAAAAGAGUCAACCAAUCCAAACAUCAACCAAGAUCAAAACAUUGAAGAAUUGAAAAAGCAAUAUGAAUUGUUUGAAAAUGCCUGCGAUAAUAUGUAUUUGUUUUUAGCAAAUGCUAAACAAGAUGCUGUAGUUUUUACAUUGAAAAAACAACAACAACAGCAACAACAUCAUCAAUAA